UUUGCCAGCUGUGCAAUUGCGCUUGUGGCCGCGUUUACUUUAUCUUCAAAUUGUUUAUUUUACGCAAAUAUGCUGCCCAAACUGAAGAUUUCCGCAUUCCUACUUAAGCGUUUGGAGCGAACAAAGCAACAGUGCAGUGGCUGUUUGUAUGGAGUUUUCUACGGUGACGGGACAUUACUCCUUUUGAGUUUCAACAUUGAGUCCAGUUUGGGCCAGUUGAACUAUGAGCAAAUCCAGCACAGAUUCCCAGCGGAGCUGGAUCUCUGUGGUUUGGUCAAAUUCGGCGACUGCAGCGACGGCGAGGCGCACCUUAAUGAGGUCAUCAAAUCAGUGGAUAUUACGGACAAUCCCAUCUUGUUGCAGUGCCAGCUGGGCACUUUGGUGGGCAUGAGAGCCUCAUUCUUUGUACACGGCAAGCUAGAGGAGGUGCCCUACGAGGUGAUGGAGGCCGAGCAGCUGUACAGCGACUUCUGCUUCACCCGGCUGCAGUGCGGCUUCUACCUGCAAACCGCGCCAACCCCCGAGUCCGUGGCACGGGAGAUGCAUGUGCUGCGCAAGCGGGUGGCCGAUGGCACCCUGGUCUUUAAUGUGCCGCAAACCAAGAUCUUUAUCAGCAGCUGUGGUCCGCUAGACACGCGGUUUACCGGUGGUGAAUCGCAGAUCCAGGAUCUAAUUGACGCCAUUCCCAAUCCCGGGCAGCCCGAGAAGGAGAACGAGAAAAAGAAGCCGUCGAAGGCGAGCCAGAAUGCUGCGCCAGCGAAGCACCUGGCCCCCACUGGCUGUGACUACGAAGUGAUUCCCAUCGAUGUGAUGCGCUGUCGCAGCCGUGACCCCGUGGCUCGAAACUCACCGCCACAUCCGGCUCUCAGCAUUGCUGUGACCACCGAAGAGCAGACCCGUGUCCAGGUGCCAUUGGAGAUAGAAGCCAUGGCCAUUCUGUGCAGAAAGACCAAGCUGCAGCGGCUGUACGACGUCCUCAUCGAGAGCAUCUGUCGGGCCCUGCGGUUAUUCGAGUUGAGCCUAAUCGAACACCUCACCGAAACGGAGAGUGGCAAGCUGCUGGUGCCGGUGAGCUAUCACUUCUAUCCCCAGGAGUUUGGACACUUCGUGAGCUGCGCGUAUCUUGAGGAUCUGGGUGACGACGACCCGAACAUGCAGGAGAGACGCAAGCGUCUCCACCGGCAGUUCGCCCUGCCUGUUAGCCGUCCCUAUUUCCGCAGGGCAAACCAGAUGCGAUUCCUGGUGGAAGCGGAGGAUGCUCCGUGGGCCCCACUGAUGAACACCCACAUUGGAGUCCGGCCCAGCGGCGUGACCGAUGGCAAGGAGUACUUAGUGAAUGGAAACUACCACUACUACCACUACCUGCAGCAACAGGUGCAGGAUAAGGGAUGGGGCUGCGCAUACCGCUCCCUGCAGACGAUCUGCUCCUGGUUCGUCCUGCAGGGUUAUACGAACGCACCGAUACCGACACACUUGGAGGUGCAGGAAUAUCUGCACAAGAUCAACGACAAGCCGGCCGCCUUUGUGGGCUCCUCCCAGUGGAUUGGCUCGACAGAGAUCAGCAUGUGCCUGCAGGGAUUCCUCAACGUUGACUCCAAGAUCCUGCAUGUGGCCUCUGGUGCGGAAUUGGCCACCAUUGCCUCUGAGCUGGCCAUGCAUUUCCAGACGCAGGGCACCCCAGUGAUGAUCGGCGGCGGUGUGCUGGCCCACACCAUUAUCGGCGUGGACUAUUGCGUGCAGACGGGUCAGGUGAAGUUUUUGAUUCUGGAUCCUCAUUACACAGGUGCAGAUGAUCUGGCUACCAUUCAAAUUAAGGGCUGGUGCGGCUGGAAGGGCAUGGAUUUCUGGACUAAGGGCAGCUACUACAAUCUUUGCAUGCCCCAAAGGCCGAUUUUGUAUUAAGUCCUUCCCGGGGAAGAGGGUUAUACGUUUCCAAUGACACUCUUAGGUAGGAUGGGGUCGAUAUAUGUCUACUUUUUAAGAAAUAUCCCAAGGAGUUCGUGAACAACCCAUAGUUUGGUCUUCGGUUGAGUGUUCUCUCUUUCAAAAGGAAUUUAUUGAGAGAUUUUCUUUAAUUAUAAUUGAAGAUGUUUAAGUUUAAAAGCAAAAAAAAGGUCAGCUGUCAUUUGUACAUAAAAUUAUUUGAGCGAAAUAUUUAUUUUUGUAUUUAGUUUCAUUUUUUCUUAAGUAAACUUAAUUUCCGAGCCUCUUUUACAAGGCAAGAGUUAUAAGUUUGCAUGAAACCCAGUUAGAGGGACUUUAUAGAUCAGCUUUUUGGCUCCUGAGGUAUUCCUAACCAGAUCUUAUACACAGAAAUCGAACCCAGCUUAAAGUACUAGCUUUAAUGUGGUCUCUUUGCGUGUAAUUUCUUUCCAUAUUUCUCUCUGUUUUAAUUACUGCAAUAAAUUAAAUGCUAGCUUAUAUAUCAUA